GAGCGCUCGCCGAAUUUCCUGCAAUCGCUGCUCUCAACUCACACUACAUAGCAGGCGGCGGACCCGCACAUUUCUUCCAACUACAACCUAGGUGGAGCAGCUCGCAAAAAUGAUGUUUCGAAGUAUCCCCGCUGUAGUCUUGCUGGUCGUUCUUUGCUGCCAUGCCGAGGAGAUUCCAAGCAAGUCGAAAGUGUGUGCUAACGUGUUCUGUGGGGCAGGGAGAGAGUGUGCCGUAACAGAGAAAGGGGAGCCCAGCUGCUUGUGUAUUGAGCAAUGCAAGCCUCACAAACGAACUGUGUGUGGCAGUAAUGGGAAAACAUACCGAAACCACUGUGAGCUUCACCGAGACGCCUGCCUUACUGGACUCAAGAUCCAGGUGGCGCAUGAUGGGCACUGCAGAGAGAGAAAAGCGGAUAAAGCUGUUGCCAGCCCAGUGGUCUGCUAUGUGGCUGACCGUAAUGAACUGCGCAGGCGUGUGAUUGAGUGGCUGCAGACUGAGGUCGUGCCGGACGGCUGGUUCAGCAAGGGCUCCAACUUCACCAAUAUCCUGCUCAAUUACUUUAAGAACUACGAUAAUGGCGACUCGCAGCUGGACUCAUCUGAACUGCUGCGGUUCAUCCAGCACAAUGAAUCCGCUGUGGAGCUGAGCUCAUAUGCCGAGGAGGAGAGCAACCGUCUGCUCAGGAGCCUGUGUGUGGAUGCCUUGAUUGAGCUCUCGGAUCAGAACGCGGACUGGAAACUGAGCUUCGAUGAGUUUCUCAAUUGCCUCCGGCCAGGAUUCAGCCCCCCUGAGAAGAAGUGCGCUUUGGAGGAUGAGACCUACGAAGACGGAGCAGAGACUCAAGUGGACUGUAACCGCUGUGUCUGUGCAUGUGGCAACUGGGUCUGCACUGCCAUGACCUGUGACGACAAGAGUCCAGCACUGGAGCCAGCUACUGGCGAUGAGGAGUGGAGCCGACAUGUGGCCGAACUCAACAAACAUCAGGAGACGGUGGAGAAGAUGAAGUCCAGCACAAAGGAGGUUUAAAGACAUUUUGAGAAAUUAGAGAGAGGAGAGAGAUGUGGAAGAGGUUCCUCUCCUACUGAUCACCCACAAUGAAUCCUGACAUUACGUACUGUUGCUGAGAGAAUCUCACCAUGUAUUGUUUUAUCUCUUUGAAUAUAGUAUGUGUAUCUGUUAUCGGUUUAUGUGCACCAUCAUUAUAAUCUUGUUUUUUGGGUUGACAUUUGUUAGGUCACAGCUGUAGCUAACUAUACCUUUAGCUGAUGUUUAGGUGUUUGUGUGUCACCGAGGACUGUCUCUUAUUUUACAGUAUUACUCUUAAGCCUAAGAGGCCCCUGCACUUUAUCUGGGGGCUAUUUUGUACGCGGUUGUUUAUGUAUUAUUUUUUAUUAUUAUUAUUAUGGAUGUUUUUUUGUUUUUGAAUUUUUUAUUUUUUAUUUUUUUGUAUACAUGUUGAUUUUGAUUGAGACAAUGGCAGUGGAUGGAGGAGAGGAGUGUCUGGGGGAGGCUGUAGCAGGACCCUUGUGGUUGUUAUGGCAACAUGAAAGCUACUGCUACCUCAGCAGUGAAUCCACCCAAGAGAUACUACUAGUGUGGAAGCAUAUAGAUGAUGCUGAAGCUCUAGGGGAACUCAGACCAGCGAUGGCAGCCAAGGCUUUGCCAAGUCUCCCCUCACAUGCACUCUCUCUCCACACAGACAAGGCAGCCAUAGUCUUGAGACCUUUCGAAAAGGUGCUAAUGUGUAUUCCUUUGAUUUUUCAGCAUUGCCCUCUUGCAUCAGCAUAUUUCUAGAUUACUUUUAGAUUUCAGUAUAAUGGGGAAACAUUGGGUAAUAGAUCUAGAACAGACAUUUGCGCGGCAAGACACUUGAGGAACUGGUGUUUUUGAGGAGAGUUGCCAAUACUUUUAGGAUUGUAUUCCUGCCUUGAACUAGCACUCCAUCAUAAGCCAUGUUUCUUCAGGUCUUCCAUAAAAGGCUUGUGGUUUGGGCCUGCACAGAUAGAAAAUACAGGUAGAACUCUCCAUACAGAUAGAAACUCUUUCACAAUGCGUCACAGGAACCCUUUCGUGUCUGCUUCGCUUCUGCUUGUAUGUAGUGGCAUCAAUUAGAAGUAGUAUUAAUUGUUAAAACUAUUGCUCUGCUCAUUUCAGUCUGAAAGUGCUUGUUCGUGCACUAGAAAAAAAAUAGACCAACAAGGUGAAAGAAAAGAAAAACACAAGAACUGUAUAAGAUCAAAGUUAACGUGCUCCACUGAGACACAUGGAAUUUUGUUUGACAUUCUUGGAUGGCACUGAAUGGAAUGAGUACAGGAAAAGUGGUUUAAAACCAAAGCCUGAUGUUUAGGGUGUUUAAAUGUUGUACAAACCUCCAGGUAAACCACUACUCUGGACCCAGCAACAACACUAUACCUUUUAUUUCAAAGAGCGGUCAGAAUAAGGAUUAGAAUCGCUGUCACCUAUUUAGCUUUGAUGCAUUCUUAUUGAGUGUGUAUGUGCCUGCAAAUGUGUGUGUGUGUGUGUGAGAGAUAGAAAGAAAGGUGUGUGCCAGCCUUUUUUGUUGUUGUUUUUCCACUAAAUUCCAGUAAUAUCAAGGAUCUUUUGUGGUAAUGAGUGCCUUAAAAACAUCCUUAAGCGCCACCGAUAAAAUGGCCUUCACUUAUGAAAUUUAAACAUCUAUUCUAGGAAUCAGCUUUAUAGUGUUAUGGCAGUUUACCAAAUUUUAUCCUUGGAGUAUGACAGAAUACAAUGUCAUUUCACAUAAACAGGGACAGAAUUAAAUCAUUUUAAUGUAAAGACUAUCUUGUUGACUUGUAUCUGAAUUUACUUGUAUAAUGACUAUUGGCUCUGUACUGUAUGUCAGUAAAAGAAAAGUUCCACAAUUU